AUGUAUGAAUUGCUCCUGGAAACAUCGUUGACUUCUUCUAGUGGGAUUGAAGAAGAACCAUCAAUUAGACAAAUGUCAAGAUCUGAAUUCAAGACGGUCUCCGGCGAGACAAAGCGAAGAGCAUAUCUGGAACUGAAAAAAGCAACAACAAUGCCGAUGUUGUUCAAGCACGCCAUUGAUCAACGAUUAUCCAGUAUCCAAUUUACCAUCUUGAACAUUCACGACAAAGAUUCAAAUCGGCCCAAGGAAAGCAACGUACUGUUGCAAACAACUGACUAUUAUCCAAAUAAUGGGCUGACCAAUGGAUUCAAUGAAAUCGACACGAUGAUGACAACGUUGGAAAUAAAUCUAUCAGAAUAUUCCAAAGAUACUACAAACAACAUCAAGGUAAUCAGCGGAAGAAGCAAAACACCAUCUGCUGUCAACCUGGACGCCUGGAUCUCUGAGGUACGAUGGGUUGAUGGAAAUGGCAACGAAGAUGAUGAAAAUGAUGACGAAAAUGAUGAUGAAAGUGACGAUGAAAGUGAUGAUGAAAAUGACAAUGAAAACGAAGAAGAAAAUGAAUUAUGA